AUGGGCGUACCAAAUCCCAACGUGGUACCUAUCAUAACUCCAGCUGGUAUCAGUGCUGAUGAAAUUGCCCUAUAUGAUCGUCAAAUUCGUCUCUGGGGUGUUCAAGCCCAAGAAAAGAUUCGAAAUGCCAACGUCCUCCUCAUAACCAUGAAAGCGCUCGCAAACGAAAUAGCCAAAAACCUCGUCCUCGCCGGCAUCCACUCCCUCACCAUUGUCGACCAUGCUCUCGUCACCGACGCCGAUCUGGGCGCUCAAUUUUUCGUAUCCGAUUCUGAUAUUGAGACGAAUCGCGCCCAGGCCGCUGCACCGCAGAUUAGGAAGCUGAAUCCGAGAGUUAAUGUCAUUGUGGAUAUGGAUGACAUCAGGAGCAAAGGUCCGCACUAUUUCAGCGCGUUUGAUAUUGUGAUUGCGACGGAUUUGGAUCCGGUGUCGUUGAACAUCAUUAAUACAGCUACGAGAAUUAAUCAUAAGCCUUUCUAUGCGGCGGGCGUUCAUGGAUUUUAUGGUUUCAUAUUCUCGGAUUUGAUCCAGCAUGACUAUGUGGUGGAAAGAGAACGAAGCAACAGGCCUACCCUUCUACAACCAGAAACACGCACACGAUGUGUAGUAGAUGUGAAGACGAAGAAGGAAAAUGGAAAAUCUAUGGAGGUUGUCACAAAGAGAGAGUUUUAUUCGACUUGGUUGCUGGCUAGCGAUGCAGCUACUCUGCCUGCAGAAUAUUUGAGAAGCAGACGUCGAUUGAAGGCAGUUACUCCAGUUCUAUCAUGUCUACGAGCUUUAUGGGAGUUUGUUGAGCUUCAAAAUGGUCGUUUACCUUCAACCAAAGAAGAUCUACAACUAUUCACCACCCUAGCGCAUAAGAAGCAUACAGCUCUAGGCCUUCCCGUUGAAACUUUACGUUCAGAAAUACUUCGAAGUUUCCUUCAAAAUCUAGGCAGCGAGAUAGCUCCUGUCACUGCGGUCCUGGGCGGUCAGCUGGCGCAAGAUGUAAUCAAUGUUCUUGGUCACCGACAGCAACCAAUCCAAAAUAUGGUGUUGUUCGAUGGAGAUACAAUGGAAGCACCAAUGUACGCUCUACAUCCCGAAGGCACUCUGGGUGAAGGUUUGCUGGAGUCGGGUGGAGACAUGCUCAUGAACGGCCAAGUGGUGGCGCAACAGACAUCAUUUCCACUAGAUGUAAUCGAGCUUUAG